AUGAGUGGAAAGACUGUAAAACAUUGGAAAGAGAGGUCUGCUAAGGUUCAAGUCCGUGAAUCCGAUCUACCAUCUUCGAUACCACCACAGACAGGUUUAUCUUUUAACCUAUGGUAUAAUAAAUGGUCUCAAGGGCAUAGUGGUAAUGCAAGGUUUGUGAAUCCAUAUAGACUAGAGCCUAACUUACAUUCUGGUGUGAGUAGAGGUGACUUGGAGGGCAACAAGUUCUUUUGUUUAUAUUUUGCAAAGGGGUUAUGCUGUUUAGGUAAAAAAUGUACAUAUAAGCAUCAUAUUCCUGAAGAAGAAGACACUAUACAAUUAAAUUUAAAAACUGGUGUUUUAGAUUGUUUUGGAAGAGAGAAAUUUGGAGAGUUUAGGGAUGAUAUGGGAGGUGUUGGUUCAUUUAGGAAACAGAAUAAAACUUUGUACAUAGGUGGAUUAACAGGUUCUUUGAAUAAUAAAAAUUUGUCGAAUUCCCAAAUUGAAAGUAGACUUAGAUUUAUGUUUGGACGUCUGGGUGAAAUAGAAAGGAUACGAUAUGUUGAAAGUAAGAAUUGUGCAUUUGUCUCAUUUCGAUUUCAAUGCAAUGCAGAAUUUGCAAAGGAGGCAAUGAGUAACCAGACGUUGCUGAUACCGAGUGACAAAGAAUGGGAUGCAAGAAAAGAAGGUACAGGUUUGUUAGUCAAAUGGGCUAACGAUGACCCAGAUCCUAAAGCAAAGAAACGUAUGCAACAAGAAUCCGAGAAAGAAGCAGUGAACGUGAUGAAGAAGCUAUUAGAGAAGCAUGAUCAAAACCAAAACCAAGAUAAUAACGAAGCUGAAAAUAAUAAAAGAAAAAAUACAGAGGAAGAAUCGUCGAUUUUUAGUGAGGGUAUGUUAUCUAAGUUCAAGAAAAGAAGACAAGUUAUAGAGAAGGAAACAGAUAAAUGUAUAACUUUGAAUACAAAUUCCGAUUCCACCACAACAUCAGCUGUACCUGUAAAAUCACCAUUGGUAUCAUUGCAAGGAUACGAAUCAUCUUCAGAUGAAGAAUAG